CGUCGUCUUUGUUCGUCACCAGUACAGCCGUGCACACUCGAACAAAGUAUAGACUACACGACUGUACGCGAGUUCGUUGUCGCCCGCCAAUCGCCUCGCCAAGCGUGAAGCCAGUUGGCAGUUGCGAAAGGGUAAUAGCAGGAGGCGGAUGUUUCACCGUCUUUUGUUUGGUCCAGCAAUUUUUUAAAGUGCGUAUUCCAUUGACAAAGUGCAGUGCUGUGUUUUAGUGGAUUAAAAUUUUCGUACUUAAGGGGUUCCACCAAGAUGGCUCGGUGACCGGAUCCAGGAUGGAGUCGAAGGGCACCCAGAUCCACCUGCCGCUGAUGGGGCGCGGCAGUCGCGGGGAGCUGAACGACAAGGUCACCUUCUCCACGGUCAAAUCACCCCCAGAACAGCUCAAUAAUGGACAGCUGAUGGGGGGCUCCCAAAUAAAUCUUUGCAACGGUAUGGUCGGAAUGACCGGGCUGGUUCCCAAAGUCCCGAAUGGCUGCGGCGAAAAGAAACCCAUGGCGGCUCUCACACACCUCCCGAAAAGACCGCCAGUGGACAUCGAAUUCUCCGAACUCUCGUACUCAGUCAGCGAAGGAAGGAAGCGAGGGUACAAGGCCCUGCUGAAGGGAAUCAAUGGAACUUUUAAAUCCAGCGAGCUGACGGCCAUAAUGGGACCCUCAGGUGCUGGGAAAAGUACACUAAUGAAUAUUUUAGCAGGAUACAAAACAUCAAACGUCAGUGGCUCAAUACUAAUCAACGGGAAGGAAAGAAACUUGCGCAGGUUCAGGAAACUUUCGUGCUACAUUAUGCAAGAUGACUGCCUCCUACCGCAUCUCACCGUAACAGAAGCUAUGCACGUCUCAGCCAAUCUCAAACUAGGGAAAGACAUGACUAUAACCGCUAAGAAGAUUGUGAUCAACGAAAUCCUGGAGAUGUUGGGAUUAGUAGAAGCCUGCGACACGAGGACGAUAAAUCUCUCGGGCGGUCAGAAGAAGCGUCUGUCGAUAGCUCUGGAGCUGGUGAACAAUCCUCCUGUGAUGUUUUUCGACGAGCCCACCUCCGGUUUGGACAGUUCGUCGUGUUUCCAAUGCAUAUCUCUCUUGAAAUCUCUGGCGAGAGGUGGCAGGACCAUCAUAUGCACGAUCCACCAGCCGUCGGCGAGGUUGUUUGAGAUGUUUGACUUCCUGUACACGCUGGCGGAAGGACAGUGUAUAUACCAAGGCCCGGUGCGUGGAUUAGUGCCAUUUUUGUCCACAAUGGGUCUAAAUUGUCCAAGUUACCACAACCCAGCAGAUUAUAUAAUGGAGGUAGCGACGGGCGAACACGGGGAGUGGGGCAACAAAUUAGUGAUGGCGGUAAACAAGGGAAAUUGUGGGCGUGGGCAAACGUCAACAUCAUCAUCAUCAUCCUCCGGACCAGUUAAUUGUAAUUACAACAACCAAAGUAAGAAUAACGUGACAAAAGAAGCCUUAGAAAUCGUUAUAGAUAAACCAACAUGCACUGUGAUAGACAUGUCCGAACCGAUCAGCACGGAGAAGAAGCAACUCCCCAACCCGAGCAACCUAGCGCCAGUCACCUGCACGACGUCUCUAUUAGACUCCAGCGAAAGUUUCACCAAGAAGACUCAGAAGACAGGCUUUCCGACGUCCGGUUGGAAGCAGUUCUGGAUUCUACUGAAGAGGACCUUCAAGAGUAUAAUGAGAGAUCAGACGCUUACGCAUUUGAGGCUAUGCUCGCAUACCGUAGUGGGCCUUCUUAUCGGAUUCCUGUAUUAUGACAUUGGACACGACGCUGCGAAAGUCAUGAGCAACGCCGGUUGCAUCUUCUUCACCGUCAUGUUCACAAUGUUCACUUCAAUGAUGCCUACUAUUCUGACAUUCCCAACAGAGAUGAACGUGUUUGUGAGAGAGCAUUUGAACUAUUGGUACUCUCUGAAGGCGUUCUACUUCGCGAAAACUAUAGCAGAUCUACCAUUCCAGAUAGUGUUCAGUGGCGUUUACGUGAUAAUAGUGUACUUCAUGACGGGUCAGCCGAUGCAGACGGACCGGGUGCUCAUGUUUACAACUAUUAACAUAUUGACGGCACUGGUAGCGCAAUCCCUAGGCUUACUCAUAGGCGCAGCCAUGAACAUAGAGACAGGGGUAUACCUGGGACCGGUCACUACCAUCCCAGUGGUGUUAUUCUCUGGAUUCUUCGUCAACUUCAACGCCAUUCCUGGCUACCUCCAAUGGGUGUCGUACCUCAGCUACGUACGCUACGGCUUCGAAGGCGCCAUGCUGUCAGUCUACGGCUUCAAGCGAGAGAAGCUGCACUGCUCAGAAGCGUAUUGUCAUUUCCGAACGCCGAGUCACUUCCUCAAAGAGAUGACAAUGGACCAGGCGAACUUCUGGGUCGACGUAGGCGCCCUCUGCGCCUUUUUCGUAUUCAUCAGAAUAGUCUCCUACUUAGUCUUAAGGUUUAAGCUGAAGAUGAUGCAAUAGGAAAUUCCAGGCAUCCUUGUGCGUUUAGUGGCGCCAUAGCGCGCAUGGUUACGCGUGGUUGUUGGAGUAUGGAACCGAGGCCUAUUGAGAUUAAGCUGGCACUUAUGGUCAAAAUUACAGAUUGAAGUAUUGUGUAAAGCCUUGUUGCAAGCUAUACAAUCGACUCAAUGAUCUUGGACUUUUUUAGCGCUGGCAGAGUAAAUGGGGUUAUAAAGAGCACUGCCCGUUGGUGAGUUUGAAUGAUUCGAUAGCGUAGAGUGUUACUUGUACAGAACGCGUUCGCGAUUACGCGCGAUUUCACGCAUAGUUCGCGCGCAAAUAGUCCUUAGAUGUAAUAUAGGUAUCGAAAUAUAGCUUUAUAGUGAGGUUCAGUAAUGUUUAUACAUAGAAUAAGGUUUUAUAGAAUAAACGGGAGCGAAAGAAGUUUUCUUUCUCGAUCCACUUUCCGAUUGGGCCCAUGACUUAAUUUUAAGUUACUUAAUGAUAUUAUUUUGACUAUUAUCACAACGUAGACGUUUUAAGUAAGUACGCUUGAUGUAAUUGUAUUGAUAAGUCUGUCAAUGUUACGCAAAAGUUACUCAGAGCCAUUUAUUUACUUCUACAUAAUAUUACUAUGCUAUGGAGCCCUUCACACUACGACAUAAGUGUUCGACGUGUUUUUGGAUGUGUUCACAACAAUUUGCUACAAUAUUGUUGUACUAUAACACUUAGGUGAUAGUGUUCAAUAAUAAUAAGAAAUAUGGUGGUAUAUAAAAACAUUUGAGACCUUGAUGGAGUAUUUAAUUACAAAGGCUUAGGGCCUGUUUCACCACUUCCUGAUAAGGUGCCGAAUAGGCUUAU